AUGGCAACCUCGAUCGAUUCUAACCAACAGUCUACCAAGCUUUGCAGCCGCUGUACCGUGUUUCAGCUGGUAGACACACCACUGGAUGGCAUCUUUGCAAACCCCGAGAACCAAGAACGAGAAACUGACUUGGGCUGGGAAGUCGAGCGAGCUCCCAAUGUUUUGUACCAGGUCUUUGAUGGCUCUGAUUGCGAAUCCUGUGCCUUUUUCAAACGAAUUCUCUUUUGGUGGGACAUAGAAGACAAACCACCGACUAUUUCCUCGGAGACAACCAUCCACCUCUCGCUCCACCAUGUUUUCGGUCCAGAGAAUGUUAAUGGAUAUGGGCUGAGGGCUAUACGCAUCAAACUUAGACAUGAUGACCAGGAAGACAUUCAUCUUGACUGUCCUGUCACAGCAGUCGCGGAUGAUGAUACGGCGACGCUUCUCGGGCUCCGACCGCCUCUAUCCCACAUCAGUGAAGAGACUGUGCGCUGGAUGAAGUCCAGAAUGGAUUUAUGCGUGUCUCAUGACCACAUUAAUCCGCAGAAGACUUUCAUCCCCGACCGACUUAUUGAAGUUGGGCCAGAUCAACUACGGCUGGUCCUGACUAAAGACAUGGUCAGCCCAGACUUGGAGAUCCCGCAUUAUAUCGCCCUCACGUACUGUUGGGGUCCCGAGCCACAUGCUAGUAAGCAACUCAAGACGACCAGCCUCAAUCUCUCGCAGCAUCUGCAGACGAUUCCAGAGUCCCUCUUGCCACAGGUCAUUCAGGACUCUGUGGCCCUGGCAAGGGCGUUGUCCAUCCCGUUUCUUUGGGUGGAUGCUUUGUGCAUCCUACAGGAUGUGUCGACAGACUGGGAUAGUCAGUGUGCAGUCAUGGAGCGCAUUUAUGGCAAUGCGUACGUAACAGUUGCCGCGGCUGCCUCCCUGAACUGCGAGCAAGGAUACCUGCAGAAAACCGACCGAGUCAUCAUCCCUUUAAACCCUCGCCCCAGCAACAACGCUUCUCUCGCCUUUGCAGUAUACUCUCCUCUCUAUAAGGCUUCUGUCGGAGAAGAACUUGUCAUUAGCCCCUGGCUUGAGAGAGGAUGGACAUUCCAGGAACGCAUCACGGCAACCCGCCUGCUGAUGUUUUCAAGAAGGAACAUUCACUUCAAAUGUCCAUCAUUUAGUGAAUCUAUGGGAAGGGAUCAGGACACAUAUGAUGGCGAUUUCCGCAUGCUCGGCCGCGACAAGCUUAUUCCCCAUGACAAACUCCGUACCUAUCAAGAGUGGGAUGAAACCAUUUCUCAGCUCAACCCUGACAGGGCCCAUUUCACCCGCGAGACAGAUCUUCUACCAUCGGUUGCUGGCCUUGCAGCUUUGUUCCAGAAACAGCUGGAUGAUGAGUACCUGGCCGGUUUGUGGAAGAACAAUCUGCACCGGGGCCUCUAUUGGAAUUUGAUGGGUAUUGACAAAAUCAGUUACGAGGCCCUCCUACAAAGACUGGAAAGCCCCCUUCCCUAUCUUGCCCCCUCGUGGAGCUGGGCUAGUCUACGCCGCUACCUCUGGUUCGAUUUGAACCAUCCAACUCUGAUAACAGAUUGCCGACCUGAGUAUACUGAUCUAGUCCCCGCCAUCACCCCGCGCGGUUCAACCGAGUUUGGUGAAGUGAGCCAUGGCGCACUGGAGAUGAUGGCCAAGGUGUAUGUCGGGACUCGGAGGAUAGUAUACAGAAAGGUCUACCCGGCUUUCUCCUCUCCACAAGACGCUGUUCGGUUGGAUGGAGAGUAUUUUGCCCAUAUUCGGACUGAUUGCAUUGUUGAGGACUUCUUCGCAACAUCCGAGAUCCCCGAACUCGUCGCUCCCAUCAGUUUUCUACUGAUUGGGAGCACGAUACGACGGAAGUCAGAUGCAAAUUACUUCUCGUCGCGGCAUUCCGAUAGCUCGUUGACACUUGGCGACGAUCACGAGGCGUCGUACAGUCAUGCGUCGUCUGACUCGGAGUCAGUCAGUUCCCAGGAAUGGACGAGUGAGGAGGUCGAGAAUCCAGCCAAUAGAACGGCAUAUGGGUUACUCAUUCACCCCACGGGAAACCCAGAUGAGUACUAUCGGGUUGGAACGUUUCUGUCCAAGCCUUUCAGAGCGGGAGGUCUAUCAUUCUUUAACAACCUUGAGCUACGGCAAGUAAGACUUAUAUAA